ACAGAGAAACAUGGCGGAGCUAAAGACAGCUGAACAUCGCUCGGAAAACUCAGUUUCUCUCGAUAGAAUCCUGUCAGCUUUUGACGGCCCGUUGAAUGAAGAACAAGCUUGGGCUAUCUGCUACCAGUGUGCCCAGUUUCUCAAGGUGUCAUGGUCGGAAGACGAUGCAGGGACCCUCACCCGUGGAUAUAAUCUUGAAGGAUCGGAUGAUGUUUACGUUCAUAAAGAUGGUUCGGUGACUGUCAGCGUGCGAGGGGUGGAUCUACCGCGGGAGAAUGGGGAGGAAUACACGGCAGAUAUUACUGAAGAUGGCAUACAAACAGAGUCAGAGAUGGUGAAUUCUCUCGGCCUCAUCGUCUACCAAGCCCUCGAUUACGGUUGCCACGAGGAGGAGGAGAGGGUUCUCAGCGGCCCCCUGGAGUCCAUGAUUGAUCACAUGACCAACAUGGGAGACGGGGAAGACGAGGAAGAAGAGGACAAGAAGAGCCAGAGUAGCGCCAACACGGACGAGGGAAUCGUCGACGGACACGAAUCGGAUGACCUGGAUGAGAAUGAGAACACCAAGAGCGGACGAUUGUCAACAUUUGCAGAAGUGGCACUGGUUUGUAGCAGACAUCUACAAGAGCCCUCUGAUUCACCUUGCCACUACCAAGCCGUCUGUAGAGCAGUCCUCGCUGAAGUACAAGAGCUCACGUCAUUCCUUCAAGUCAUUGCAUCUAGUAAAAAGAGUCUUCACAGCCUACAUGUAAAUGACGACCUGACAGAAGAAGAUGGGCACUUAGAAGAUCUUCAACCCAGGCAAUGGGCCAGGAUUUGGAUGCAGGUCCUGCAGCAGCUCAGGCGAGGUGUGAAACUCAAAGAAGCCGAGGCCGGUGAGACUCGCCAGCGACAUCGAAUCCCCAUCGAGUACGAGCUUACACCUUACGAAAUCCUUAUGGACGAUAUACGACUCCGGAAAUUCACGCUCAAGGAAGUCUUGGUGAAUGGUGACAUACCCCCUAGGGUGAAGAAGGAGGCCCAUGAUGUCAUACUGGACUUCAUCCGGUCCAGACCACCCCUCAAACCAGUACAAGACAAAUGUCGUCUGCCGUUACGUAAGCAGAGUGCCUAUGAGAGACUAAUGGAUGACAUUAGGGCCCAGCCAGAGUUAGCCCCGGCCUCCCAGAGAGUCAUACCAGAGCGUAAACAGAAGCCCAAGAAGAAAAAAGCAAAGCCAAAGAUCCGAACUCGACUCCGACACCAGAGUACCAGUGAAGGCAGCUGUGCCUCUAGUGUGGAUUCCGAAGAUCUUGACUUCUUUGAAGCUUCCCCUGAGCUUCCCAGGAAAGUUCUACGAGCAGAGAUCACGCUGGAUUGGUCGGAUGAGGAUGAUGCUACUGCAUCGGAGACUAGUCAACUAACCCUAACACCGCAGACCGAUACUGAACUACUAACACCACAAGCAAGAAGGAGUCAACUUCAGCCUUUACGGAGACUAGCAACCAUCAACGCUCCAAGCUUUGACACGAUGCUGUCUCCAGAGUCCUCAGUAACUCCUACCAAUGAGGAUGUUGCCAGACAGAGCGAUGUGGAAGAUGAGAUUAAAGAGGAGGAGGCGUUACCGAGGGGAGAGAGUCCACGACGUCACAGUAUAGCAAUCUGUCAAACAUCGGACCUCUAUUCCGGCCAACCGGAGCGGUACAUCCCACCAGAGUGUUUAGCGCUGACAGUGGAUGAGGUUAUUCACAUUAGGAGUGUACUAGUCAAGGCAGAGAUAGAGAAUCUAAGAGUCACGCCCAAAAUAUACCAUGGGGUCCUCAAAGAAAAGAUAUGCUUCUCCUGCAAGAAGAAGUUUCCACUCUUCAAACGCAAGAGUAGAUGUAAAUUAUGCAAACGACUAAUCUGUAUGAUCUGUUGCAAGAAGAUGUUUCUCCCUCAAGGUCACUUUCUUCAGAUCCCCAUCGAGGCACUGAGUCCCACCAGCCCAAGGAAGAGUAGCCCAACCUAUGGAGGGCGCUUUGCACAUGCCUUCAAAAGCCAUUCUGAGCCUCCGACCCCAUCGGUCAGUCCCAACGGCUCUCCCCGCCUCUGGCGACGAGAAAGACAAACCAACCGGCCCAAGGAAGAGCUGGACAACGUCUGCUGUGAGUGCAAAGACUUCCUGCGAGAAGCCGUCAGGUCGAGCCAUCAGGCCAGCAGGGUCAACGGCCUGGGUCAUCAGGGGUCAGAGUUCACGUUAGACUCACCGCCGAGGCUACGCAAGCAGAGUAGUCUCGACAGCCAAAAGAGCGGGCACAGUAACCGGAGCGAGCGCAGCUCGCAAAGUCGAGGUAGUGCAGGAAGCCAUCACAGUGACGACACAUAAAACUGAGUCCAUGUGUGUAUUAUAAUAAUAUAUCUAUAUAUUUUUUAAGGUACCAUGCAGCAUUUGUAAUAUUAGUCAAAUUUGGUAAAGCUGUUAAGCAGCAAGCACUGGUCAGCUUUAUGAAGUAUAGACUCUGAUUCUUAGAAAAUUUCCCCCCUUUCAAUGCAAACUUGCGCUUCGCUACCGUUCUCAUACAUCUCAAUGCAUUUAGGUUAUACAUUUUUAAAUUGUUGUUUGCCAAAACAGAGACAAAAGUACUUAAUUCUAGUUAGUUUAUUGAUAUUGCUUGGAGGCUCGUUUCGCAUUUUGUUCACAUUUUAGCAGACACUUGUUUGGGAAGUGCCAGUUUGGGGGUUUGAGUUAAUGAAUAGCACCAAAUCUUCAAAAACGCUUUCAAAGAGUUUGUCUGAUUUUGGUUGUCCAUGUUCACUGCACAGCCACACCAGCUUAUAUUAGAGCAUGUCAAACAAUCAUGAACAUCAUUUUAGGAGUACGUGUCAGUCUCUUCCUUCCAGGGGUUAGUGAUGUGUGCAAGUUUGGACCCAAUGGGGUACAAGGUUAGCUGUGGGAUUCUGAUGAACACACACCUGCCCCUUUUUGAGUUUCAAUGCAGAGUUACAUUUCGCAACCAUCCGGUAUUUUUAAAUCGUUGUUUUCCAAAAUAGAAAAAGAGUACUUAAUUCUAGUUAGUUUAUUGAUAUUGCUUGAAGGGUCGCUCUGCGUUUUGUUCACACUUAGCAGACACUCAUUUGGGAAGUGCCAGUUUGGGGGUUGUAAGUUAAUGACUAGCACCGAUCCUUCUAAAAUGCUUUCCCGGAAUUUGUCUGAUUUUGGUUCGGACAAUCCUGAACAUCAUUUCUGGAGCUACCAUGGGCAGCGCGCUGUUACAGCACCUCUAGUCAUAUCCAGGUUGGGAAGUGCUGAAAAACAAUGCUGAUUGGCUUAACCAAAAUGGACUGCUCUGCGUGCACGCUUGUUGAAAACUUUCACACGAUUGUAGGGCUCUUACCGUUCGUGUGUCAAAAUGCAAGACUAAGGAAUAGAAGGGACUAGGUUAACUCUAUGCCUUGAUGCCUCUCUUUUGAGGCUGCCCAUCCAUCUUGCUAUACUUUCAAUGUCAACCCCGACCAAAAUCGCUGCUGACACCAAGGCCCAAUUUAUUAUUUUUUUUUUUUAAAUAGACCUAGCACAAAAUGUUUACCUGAAUGUGGUUACCAGCUUAAAUACAAUGUCAGAUGUGUAAUUUGUCACUGGUAUCCUACCUGUUUUUGCUUAGCGAAAAAUGUUUAAGCAAGAUUGCUCUAUUAAAUUGAGCUCUGGUUGUGAAGAUAUGCCAGAAGUGGAGCCAAAUCAGCAUCGUAUGUCAGUGUCUCCAUUCCAGGGGUAAGUUUCGAGUGCAAGUUGGGAUCCAAUUGGGAAAGAGGUUAGUUGUGGGAUUCUGAUGAAAAGGCACCCACCAAAAUGUCAAGAGAGUUAGAUACAUAGAAGAGAAUUUUGUUUAAUGCCAAUGCUAUACUUAAAACUCAGUGUCAGCUACUUAUUUUCCAUAUAGUCCAUAAUUAUUGGAUUUGUAAACAUUAACUUUGUACUAUCUAACUGUAUAUUAAAAUGUGAAUUAUCCUGGUGAACAUAUUCUUUUAACAUUCAGGAAUGAAAUGUGAAUGUUUUGUUUUCCUGGUUCAUCGUUCUGUCUUCCUCUUCAGUAUAAAUACAACUGUUGUGUUUUCAAAAUAUCCAAUGUGCAGUACUUUUCCGUUGAUCCAUUAAAAAAAAACUUGCUGUAUUUUUUCUCCCCCCCCCCCUACAGAAAUGUCUUGCUUAGUUGGAUUUGGGACAUUCCAAAAAAUGUCCAGGACCCAAUUUCAUAGAGCUGCCGUAGCAGAAAAUAUUGCUUAAAAAAAUACCUGCUAAGCAGAAAGGAGCAGGAUACCAGCCACAAUUUGUAUAUGUUAUAUCGUACUUUUUGGCUGGUAACCUUACUCUGGUACGCAUACUUUUGUCAUGCUUGUACUUUUUGUGCUCAAGCAGCUCUGAGGUUCGAUUUCACAGAACUUUCCAAAGCAUAAACAUACCUAAGCUAAAUAAAGUGCUUACCUAAAUAAGGUUACCAACUGAUCUACCGUGUCACAUGUAGUGGUAUCUUACUUAUCCUGCUUAUUUUUUGCUUUAGCAGAAAAUUUUUAAGCUAUAUUUUCAGCUUAAGUAGCUCCAUGAUAAUGGUGUCACUGUUUAAACUUUGCAUAAAUAACUUUGGCUCAGUGCUUUAAAGUCAUUCAUUGCAAUUCCAUACUUGUUCUGACCAAAAGGUAAUUAAAAUUAAAACAUUACAAAUUUUGAAACAAUAAUUCAAAAUCAACAAAUACAUGUUUUACUAAGAAAAUUAGUGUUUCUUUUCGCCAAUAAAACACACUGACGACCACUCUAGAUCAAUAAACCCCAUUAACCAAAAGCUCAAAAAUAUGUAAUAACAGUUUUUUUGAAAUCCAUACAAAUUGCACUAAUGACCUUAUAGUUCUGCGCAGACGACAACAUGGUCAGUAAGUGAUCUGUAUUUGUAAAAUAAUGUUAAUAGGUAUGUACCAUAGUUGUAGAGAGUAUGUAUGUAUAAUUGCAAUAACAGAUGUACCAUAUGGUGUGAUUAAAGUAUACAUUUCUCAAAUGGCCAACUUUCACAUGGCUGAUUUGUAACUCUCAAAUAAAUGUUUAGCACAGAUUAUUUUGGCUAAGCAGAAUCAAAGUACUAGCUAAAAAUUGUAAACAGGAAGGUAUUACUUUGGUUAUUACUCGAAAUUUACUUUGGUAAUUACUCUUGACCAUUGAAAUCUUACAUGGUAAUAAGCACCGGAGAGCUGUUAGAAAACCUUGUUAGAAACAACAUUCUUUGAAGUAAUGUAGUUUUAGAGAAACAAUUUGAAUAUGAGAAAGGCUUCUUAAUAAUAAUAAUGAACCAUU